CUCUUUAUAACAGAGCACGGUACAACACACGCGCACCACUAGCUUGCUCUCCCUAAGCUCGCCCACGUUUCUCCGGCCCAACCAACCCAUAUCAUAUCCCGCUGAGCUAGUUUGAGGCCAGGCGCCCGCGGUUCUGGUCACGCGCGCGAGGAUGGGGAAUUGCCAGGCGGCGGAGGCGGCGGCGGCGGUGGUACAGCACCCCGGCGGGCGCGUAGAGCGGCUGUACUGGGCCACCAGCGCGGCGGAGGUGAUGCGGGCCAACCCGGGCCACUACGUCGCGCUCGUCACGCUCCGCGUCGCCGAGAACGCCGACGGCACUGGCGCCCGCCGCACCGUGCGCCUCACCCGCGUCAAGCUCCUCAAGCCCAAGGAGACACUCCUCCUCGGCCAUGUCUACCGACUCAUCACCUCCCACGAGGUGACCAAGGCGGUCCAGGCGCGGAAGGAGGAGAAGAUGACCAAGGCGCGGCAGCAGCUCCAGCAGCUCGAGUCAUCGCUGUCGAGGCAGAGCAAGGCGCGGCCGGCGGCGGACGACGGCGUCGAUGCAGACGACGACGACGAGGCGAGCUUGGACGCGAGUCUCGAGCAGUUGGCGCGGCAAGACGGAGACGCCCACCGGAGCUCCGGCGCCCGGCACCGGCAGUGGCGGCCCUCGCUGCACAGCAUUGACGAGGCCGCGAGCUGAUGCGUCCGGCCGGCCAGCCAGCCAUCCACCGGCGGACCUGCAUUUUCGGCGUCCGCCCGGCCGGCCUUGGUUGAUUAAUUAGCUCGGUUGCAUGGGUUCUCUGUGUUCGAGUUCCCCUAGGACGCGAGGACCGCUCCUGAAGUGACUCUGUCGUUCGGAGCGUGUCCCGGAUCCGUCAUCCGUUGUACAUCUUCUUCAGUGUUUUUCUUUUCUUCAGGAUUUGUUGAUUAGUGAGAUUAUUGCUCUCUUUCCUGAUACAUUUGGCGCAUGAAAGAAGUUGAGCCCAAGUAAAGUAGCUACAGAAUCUCUGCUUUUGAGGAGCUUC